AUGCUGGGGUUACUGGACCAAUUGACAUUCAGGGAUGUAGCUGUGGACUUCUCCCAGGAGGAGUGGGAAGAUCUGGAAGCCCCUUGCAGGGCUUUGUACGUUGAUGUGAUGUUGGAAAAUUAUAGCAAUCUCGUCUUUAUAGAGAACCAUCGCACAUGUAGCAAAUAUGAGAAGGUUUUGGAUAAUGGUUCCGAGCAUCUUGUCUAUCAGCAUGUGAAUAUCCAAGAGAAGUCUCAUGAAUGUAAUGAGCUUCACAAAAUGGUUCAUGAAUGCUUCCAGUGUGCACCUCACAACACAGAUGAUACUGCAGAAAACUGCAACAACCAUGGAUGUGUUAACCACAGGGACGCCUGUAAUAAAUCAUCAAACCCAAACAGUCACGAAAGUGGAAACACUGGAGAACCUUGCAAAGAUAAAGACUGUGGUAAAAGUUUAAAUUUGUGUUCCAUCAUCAGUAGAAAGCAAAGAGUACAUUCUGGAAAGAAAGGAUACAAAAAUACAGAGUCUGGUAAAUCCUUUGGCUCUAAACAGAGUCACACACUGAAUGUGAUCUGUGGUGGAGAGAAGCCACAUCAACGUGGAAAAUGCCUCAAGGACUCCUCAAGCCUCGCUGUGCUUCAGAGAACGCAUUCUGCAGAGAGUGAACUUAAAGAUGGUGAUGAAUGCUGUUAUCAGUUAUAUCAGGUCAAAGACCAUUAUGGAACCCAAGCUGGAGAGAACCCUUACAAAUGUAAUAAUUCUGAGACAUCACUGACUAGUGGCUCAUGCUUUAGAAAACACAAAAAAGCACACACAGGAGAAAAGCCUUACAAAUGCAGUGACCAUCACGAAUGCUUGACGCCGCUGACACAUCUCAGAUGCCAUCAGACGACAAUUCAUACAAGAGGGGAAUUUUACAAAUGUAGCAAAUGCGGCAAGUGCAUUAGCAGACUGACAUACCUAAGAACCCAUCGCAGAAGUCACGCUGGAGAAAAGCCUCACAAAUGUAAUGAAUGUGAAGCAGGUUUUAUCAAGAAAGCCCAUCUUAGAAGACACCAAAGAAUCCAUACGGGAGAGAAACCAUACAAAUGUAGUGAGUGUGGAAAAUCUUUCACACGUGCCUGGUAUCUUAGAAUACAUCAGAGAAUUCAUACAGGAGGGGAACUUUACAAAUGUAGUAAAUGUGAGAGAGCCUUUACUUUUGAAUCGGGUCUUAGAAAGCAUCAGGACAUUCACACAGGAGAGAAGCCUUACAAAUGCAGUGAAUGUGAGAAAUCCUUCACACGUCUCACCAUUCUUAAAUUACACCAGGAAAUCCAUACAGGACAGAACCCUUACAAAUGCAGUGAAUGUGAGAAAUCCUUUAUAUUUGGUUCAGACCUUAGAAGACACCAAAGAAUUCACACAGGGGAGAAACCAUACAAAUGCAGCGAGUGUAAGAAAUACUUCACACGUGCCUCACACCUUAGGAUACAUCAGAGAAUUCAUACAGGAGAGAAACCUUACAAAUGCAACGAAUGUGAGAAAUCCUUUACAUGUAGCUCAGAUUUUAGAAAACACCAAAGAAUCCAUACAGGAGAGAAACCUUACAAGUGCAGUGAAUGUGGAAAAUCCUUUAUAUGCCGUGAAGAUCUUAGAAGGCAUCACAGAAUCCACACAGGAGAGAAGCCUUACAAGUGCAGUGAAUGUGGCAAAAUGUUUACUCAUGCCUCAGCUUUAAGAAGACAUCAGAAAAUUCACACUGGGGAGAAAAGCUUCCAUAUUACAUAGUGUGGCGUCUACUUUA